AUGGGAAUCUGGGAUGCCAUUUGGGUUGGUAACGGAGCUAUCAAUUGCAGCGCUCCAUACAUUCCUCACGAUGCAUCGGUGGAACGUCUUCGUCUCAACUAUGCAUUUGGUGACAGAAUUAAUGUGACAUGUGAUGCAAUAACCGCCCAUCGCCACGCCUACUGCAGUGCCCCAGCCGUACCACCUAACUCAACCAAUCAGAACCCACGUCUCUCAUACAAAGAAGGUGACAAUAUCAACGUAACAUGUAACGAGGGUUCUGGAUGGUACCCUUUGGAAUGUUCUGACGGAAUAUGGAUCGGACAGAAUAGUGUCUGCCCAAAGCCCACCAUAGGAGCUAUCAAUUGCAGCGCUCCAUACAUUCCUCACGAUGCAUCGGUGGAACAUCUUCGUCUCAACUAUGCAUUUGGUGACAGAAUUAAUGUGACAUGUGAUGCAAGUGAUGAAUACUUUACUCUUCAAUGUCAUAACAAAGGCUUGUGGAGCGGACCCGUCGUUUCCUGUCCAAGGUCCAACGUAACAAUACCCGCUGCAGUAACCGUCCAUCGCCACGCCUACUGCAGUGCCCCAGCCGUACCACCUCACUCAACCAAUCAGAACACACGUCUCUCAUACAAAGAAGGUGACAAUAUCAACGUAACAUGUAACGAGGGUUCUGGAUGGUACCCUUUGGAAUGUUCUGACGGAAUAUGGAUCGGACAGAAUAUUGUCUGCCCAAAGCCCACCAUAGACUGCAACCAACCAAUCAUACCCGCCGUUUCAUCGCUGGGCACCUACAGGUCUCAUUACAAGGUCGACGAGGUGGUUAACAUCACAUGUCAAACAUCCCUUGAUUCCAUUCUUUGGGAAUGCCAAAAAGAUGGUCAGUGGCGCGGACCAGAGAUUCGCUGCCCCGUCUCUCAACCUAUAUCAUCCGGUGAUGCUGCAGGGAGAGUUGGAGAAAAGCCUGUAGAAAAGUGGCACGGACGAGAUUUGAUAACUACUGGUCUCCUAGUAGCAGCAGUGAUAAUGUUUGUCCUAGUACUGAUGUCCAUGGUGGCCUUCUCCAUAUCUUUCAAAGGGUGGCACUCGGGAUCAGCCAAAGAUGAUAAAAACGCCGACCGAGGACCACUCCCGGAUGUUCCUGGAGGAUACGCGGACUAUCUUGUAGGAGAAAAGUCUCUGUACACCGAACCAUACUUAAAACCAAGCAGCAUUCCACAUGGAUAUGAGACCUACGAAAAGCCAAUGUAAUUGACGAUACUAUUAUGUUGUAAGAAACUAGAAACCGGAAUCUUCGAUCAGGAAAGUUGAAAUGUUGAA